UGCCUUUAGUGUUUUUUAGUUUUAAAUAAUUUUACUUUGUCUGUAAAGGAUACCCAUAGAAUCAACUGUUUGUCUAAAAGAGGAGUGGAUUUACUAAUCUGUUAAUUAGAUUACUGUUCUUAGUUUAGUGCCUCUGUGUCCUUACAUACCAUACACACCAGUCAAUUUAACAGCACCAGUAAGGACGCCAGCUAACUGCAAAUUUGGUGACAAAUUCCCCAGUAUGGCCGUCCUGACAUUAACUUUAGUUACUUUUAUCUGCUGGAUAAGUCUUGGUAGUGUACUUGGAAUUGAGAGGAUUUACUCGGACAACAUUACUAUCAUUUUGGAUCGACUUUUGGAUGGUUAUGACAACAGACUACGACCAGGAUCUGGAGGUGGUGUUACGGAGGUGAAAACAGACAUCUUUGUCACCAGCUUUGGACCUGUUUCAGAUGUUGAGAUGGAGUACACCAUGGACAUGUUCUUCCGUCAGAUGUGGGUUGAUGAGCGGCUAAAAUUUGAGGGCCCCACUGAAAUCUUGCGACUGAACAACCGCAUGGUGGACAAGAUCUGGACGCCAGACACUUUCUUCCGAAACUCCAGGAAGUCAAUUUCUCAUAACACGACCACACCUAACAAACUCUUCCGCAUCAUGCAGAACGGAACUGUCCUCUACACUAUGAGGCUGACCAUUGGCGCAGAGUGUCCAAUGAGGCUGAUGGACUUCCCUAUGGACGCUCACUCCUGUCCUCUCAGGUUUGGAAGCUAUGCCUACACGAGCAGUGAAAUCCUUUUCACUUGGAGGAAGGGACCAGUUGCCUCUGUUGAGUGUCCCGCUGAGUCCAUGAGUCUUCUGCAAUAUGACCUGGUGGGACAGACUUUGUCCAGUGAAAUAUUCAAAUCAAACACAGGUAACGCUUGCUGUCAGCUAUCACAUUGCGCUUUUUACCAGGACACUUUUGCAGUCGUACCCACAACCUGCAAAAGUUUGCAGAAUUGUCAACAAUUAGUCCAGAACUUUGCCGCUAGGCUGUUGACCAGGUCCAGCAGGUUGUCGCACAUCACUCCAGUCUUAUACUCAUUACAUUGGCUUCUGAUUAAGUUCAGCAUACAAUUUAAAGUUCUUUUUCUGGCUUAUAAAGCUUUGCAUUGUCUGGCACCUGCUUAUAUCUCGGACAUGCUCCGUCCGUACACUACUAAUAGGUCCCUCAGGUCUUUUAACCUAGGAUUACUGCUGAAAAAAAGUGACCGUUCCUUUGAAGCAGUGGCUCCAACCCUGUGGAACGCCCCUCCUACUAUCUUACAUUCUGCAGUCUCUGUUCAAGCUUUUAAAAAGCAGCUGAAGACACAUUUGUUUAAAUUUGUUUUUGACUCUGGUUUUAAUCGUUGAAAUGGUUUUCAUUGGUCAUUCAAUAAUUAGUGUUUUUUUCCCCCUUAUUUAUUUUCUGUCGGAUGUAUUGUACUGUCUUGUUUGUAAUCUAUGGGUUUUAGGUUUAAAACGUGGAAAUAAUUGUCAGUAGUCAUUCAGAAAUUAUUUUCUUUCAUCCCUUAUUUAUUAUCUGUUAGAUUGUACUGUAUUUACACAAAUGCUUAUCUUGUGAAGCACUUUGUGACUUUGUCUGUAAAAGGAGCUAUAUUAAAUAAACUCAUUAUUACUAUUAUUAUUAUUAUUAUUAUUUUAAUUUGAAAAUUCUCAUGAACUAAUGGAUCUGAGAGUAAGAGGUCAGAUGAGUCUCUUUAAGCUCUGCACUAGUGUCCAUUAAUCCUCCACAGUAGAGCCUGUAUAAAAAGCAAAGACUUCCUUGAGCAGCCGUCUAGUGUAAGAUACUUAAGUGGUCAGGCCUAAUGCUUACAGUGUGCCUUUAUAAAGAACUAUGGGGUUUAAAGCCCAGUGAAUGCACCGACAGAGAGGGGGAAGGAUGGAGUAGUGUGUGUGUUUGUGU